GGGGAUGGUAUUUGCUAGAGCUCUUGUUUCUUCGAGGCGUACCGCCGGCUGCAUCUCGCGUCUUUUGGCCCUCAUCCUCUACUCCAAACCUGCAAUAGCUCCACUCCUUGAGCCUCCUUCCCUGCACAUCCACUGCCCAGGGUUCCCUCGAGGCGAUUCCAAGUCAGUAUCGGACUCUGCAUCUCAUCGAGAAACAUAGGGCGGCGAACAUUCCUGCUGAGUGGUGAGAGAAGGAUCGACCUGAUGUCUCUUCACAUUGGUAAUCUAUCCACACGCACUCGGAGAGAUGAACUUGAGCGUGUCUUCUGUAGAUUUGGACAUUGUAAUGUUAGGCUGAAAGGAGAAGGCUAUGGUUUUGUGGUCUAUGACUUCCCUCCAGACGCAGAGAAAGCUCUGAGAGCACUGCAAGGUAGAAAUAUAUGUGGGGAGCAGCUAACUCUGACAUGGUCAAAGAAACAACCCAAAUCUUUUCAAAGAUUUGCUAGGAGUGGUCGAAAUUAUGAAAUGCAACAAGGAAGGAAUUCUGACAUGGCAGGCUUUGCAAGAAGGAAAAUGAAUUUAAAUGGAUGGAGGAAUUACAAGAUUAGUAAUGAUGCAAGGAAUAACUCUGUUGACAUGCCUAGUGGAGAGAGGGAAUAUCAUCAUGAUGAUUUUAAAGAUUAUGAUGGGGAAGAAAAAGAUUUCAGGCAAGACUUUCUAGAUGAUGGAGCUGGAGCCCAUCAUAACUUUGAGGACAAUGGUAGAUGGGGUGAGUCAAUUCACGACUCAUCAAUCGAUAAUGGGAAUGAAAAUGCUGUUGAAUUUGAUCAAUAUGAACCUUAUCAUGGUUAUGACAGGAAACAUGAGAAUGAAAAUCAUAACUUAGGUUACUCUGGUGGUUCUCCUGCAGAAAACUCCCGUAAAAAUGUGGGUAGAGCAAGGAUUGGUGAGGAAGCUUCAAACCGUCCUCGCGACCCAGCAUAUGGGCAAACCUGUUAUAGAUGUGGUGAUUCAGGUCACAAAAUGCGCAAUUGUCCUAAUAAAGAUUCAUCCCAUAGAAAAUAUAACAAGUGGGAUGAUGGGGAAGAUGGUAAAAUAAAUUGGAAACGUAGGUCUGAAGAUGAUCCUAAGAAAUUUGGAUCAGGAUCUCAGGUGAAGCUGCAGUCAGGUGGGGAUACUUCAUUCCCGAAGCACCAGAAGAAUGAGAGUUGGUUGCCUGAUUCACGACAUUACCAGACACGUGAAAGUAAAUUCUCCCCUGCAGCAAAGGCAAUUGAGCAGUCUCAAGGAAAUGAAUAUGAAGGGAGAAAGCGUGGCAGGAAGGGAAUUGGAUCUCCGAAAAGAUCUCAAGGAAAAAAAGCAAGAAGGUCAAUCACACCCUCUUUGCAGUCGGAUCGCAUUGCAUCUUGUUUAAACUCAAUUUCUCAAUCUUCCAAGUCUUUGCAAAGGUCCCAUACCCGUUCUAGAUCAAGGUCAGCUUCUUCUCGUGCUCAUUUCUCAUCCCCAGAUUUAAGAUCUUCAAGAUCACACUAUUCUAUGGGUAGAAGUCCAAAUUCUAAAAGGUCAAGCACCCCCUCAUCUCUGUCUGUAUCACUUGGUCAGCCCCUACAAUCAGCUACAAAUGAAAUUCAUUUGAAUUCAAAAGGCUCAACUUUGGAUGUUGCUGCUCCUGAAUCCUUGGAUAAGUUGGUUGGACAGGGACAACAGUCUGACAGAAAUUUGGAAUUAGAGAAUGAUAAAUCCAAAGAUACUAGUGAUGUCGUUGGAAAUGAUGCAUCAUAUGCCAACAUUGUGGAUGACAAUAAUGAGAAUGGUACUCUCUUUGGUAUGUCUCCCAAAGGAACGAAUUUCACCAAAGCACUGCCUGAUAAAGAUACAUUAGAUGCUGAGAAUUUGUCUUCAGAGAGGAAGCAGACAGAGGGCUUCCAGCGUCCUGGACCACUGGUUAUGGAUAAUAUCCCUCCAGGAGUUGAGAAACCAGCCUCAGAACCUCAUGCUAACGUUGCUUCUGUGCAUUCAGCAACCAUAACUUCUGAAGAAAUGUGCAUGGUUUUAAAGCACUAUGGCCUGGAGCUUCCCAAAGAUGAUGAAGAAAAUUUAGCAGUGGAUGCCUUCUUUGGUUCUGCUCGGUUGUGGCCCUGGCAUAUCAUUUAUUACCGCAGGCUGAAGAAGGGACCAAUUUCAGUUGAGAACUAUGCUAGGCGAGUUGCUCAAAAUCAAGAAUUUGGUAUUGUUGAUAAGUAUAUUAGAAGCAGCAGUGGAUGGGGAGAGUUCAGCCUGGGGAACGCACAAUAAUGCUGCCUGUCACCAACGUUGCCCUUUAGUGGACUUUUCGGCGUAAAAUCUCAGUAUUUUGUGUUUGCUCUUGUUAGGCUCUACCUGGAUUCAGAUUUGAAUUCCUUAAAAAGGGUUUAGCAAGAAUUUUGCGCGGGUAGCCAGGUAGGUAAUUAUGCAAAUCAUAACGCAAUCGGUAUUGCUAUGCAUACUAUUAGUCCUCACGAUCAGUAUCUUUAAAAAAUCGUCACAUAUAUGAAAAUGCCAGUGCAUUGAAAAGUUUGUGUUUAGGCCUGUUCUAUUCACUUUUUUGGUUGCUCAAAAAGAGGGAGUGGAGCUUUCGUUUCCUAACCGCAUCACAGUUAACAUUAUAGUGCUGGUUGCAUUAGUUUAGCAAUUAUUGCCAUUACGUACAUAUUGUUUAAUCCGCCAAUUAUAAUCCUAUGAAUGCGGUAAAUUUACGUCUCGCUUUCAUCUCUAUCAUGGAUGGUAGCUGGAAUCACUCAAUUAAGGGAUCAGUACCCUAAUGUUACCCAUCCAGUCUCACCCAUAGCAAAGAUUGUUGCAUGUUGACAAAAUUAAGAGCAUCACAGUAUAAUCCUUAACUAUGUCGAAGUCAUGGCUGCCCCUGGAAAGAGCUGUUAAUCCUUGCUGCCCUUUCUCUGAUUUCUUAUUCCUGUCACAUUUCCCUUCUUUUUUCAAGAGAAUGUCAGCCUAAGACAAUGUUUGCAGGUAUUCUAUUGCACAUUAUGCUACCUGCCUCUUCUUUUGUUUUGUCCAGCGGAUUACCUUCUUGGUGGAGGGUCGUAUUAGCUGUGAAGAGAGAGUUGAUUUUGUGGUAAAUGUGUUUUAUUAUUUUGUUGGAGUUAAAAAAUGGUUGCUCCACAAAACUUAUAGCCAGGGUACCUCUUCUUGUUGUAUCUUGAAGAGAUUGUGAGCAGAGUCUUUUUUUGAUAAAAGAUUGUGAGUAGAGCUUUAUUAUUUUGUUGUGAUUGGUUAAUUACAUGCUGUAAAUAUUUUUGGAAAAUCCAACUUUUGUGAGAUUUCGCUGAAAAUUUUGUACAAAGUUUGAUUUGAUAAAUGAACAUUAUACCAUGUAAUAAUAUUCUGGUGGAGUGAAUUUCAUCAAUUGUAA